AUGAUAUGGAGCCCUUGUACUAGAGACUCCCAGGUAUUACCACAACCUCCUAUUAUUCCUCAACACCUCAAGUUUUUCGGAUUCGGUUAUGAUUCCACUAGUGAUGAUUACAAGGUAAUACUGGGUGGUUGGGAUUCUAGUUCUAAAUUUGCUGUUGUGUUUACACUGAAAACGGGUUCGUGGAGGAAGCUUCAAAGCCUGACCAGGUAUAGGGUGUCUGGGAUUGGGUAUUUAGUUAACGAAGCUCUACAUUGGGUACUACAUGAACCGCAUGAGCGGCUUAUAGUCUAUCCUUCAAGAAUACUGUCAUUAGAUCUAGCAGAUGAGAAGUUUCAUGAGAUUGCAUUCCCCUAUCCUCCCAAUCUGGUAGACAUUCAUAAUUUGCAUGCUGGAGUUGGAGUUUUUAAUAAUUGCCUAACCCUGUACAUUCAAACCAAGUAUAGCAGAGCUGGGUGGGAGUUUAAGAUGUGGGUUAUGAAGGAAUAUGGAGUCAAGGAAUCCUGGACUGAAGUCAUAUAUAUCCCUUCAGGGAUUCUAGGUGAACAUUACGCAUGCAGGACAUUAAUUUCUGAGAAUGGUGAAGUUUUGAUGUCUCUGGAUAUCCUUGGCCCGUUGGCAAUAUAUAAUCCGAAGGACAAGACAUUUAGGAUUUUGUUGGACGACAAUCAUGUAGAAACUUUAGUUUCACCACUAAUUGGCAGUAGUGUGUUUUCAAAGGCGAUGCCGAGGCGAGCCCGGGGCGCGCUCCGGUGUGAGGCGACGGUAAAUCGCCUUGCCGGUCCAACUAAGACGCGCUACUGGAAAAGCGUACGGAAAAGCGAUGGGGCGCUUGUUUUUGCAGAAGGCGAGCUGUGA